UGUGUGUGUCUUGCUCGACCCACAGCCCAGAGCCUGAAUAACAGUAGGAGGAAAAUGGACGGAGUGGGUUCAUUUGGCGCUGGGAGAGCCGGGGCUGCGUUCGACCCUAUUGCCUUUAUCCAACAGCCGCAGACUAUCCUUAGAAUAUUAUCAUGGAUCUUCUCAAUGGUGGUGUUUGGAUCCAUAAUAAAUGAAGGCUACGUCAACCAUGGCAGUGAGAGGCUCUAUUGUGUUUUCAACAAGAACAACAAUGCCUGCAACUACGGAACCACCAUCGGGCUCAUAGCAUUUCUAGCGUGCAUUUUCUUCAUUAUCCUUGACAUGAAGUUCCAACAAAUCAGCAGUAUUAAAGACAGGAAGAAGGCAGUAAUGCUGGACAUUGGAUUUUCAGGUUUCUGGGCGUUUUUGUGGUUUGUUUGUUUCUGCUUCUUGGCCAACCAAUGGCAGCGCACCACCCCAGAUGAGCUGCCCUUAAAUCAGGGAGCGGAUGCUGCCAGAGCUGCCAUUACCUUCUCCUUCUUCUCCAUCUUCACCUGGGCUGGUUUGACUGUGAGAGCGGUGCAGAAGUACAUGCUAGGGACCGACAUGAACCUCUUCACCACAGAGCACGUGGACGGCAACCCGCCUGUCCAGCCCUACCCCACCGCCCCGAGCACCGAGCCCAACGACACAUACCAGAGCCCACCCUUCACCGAAAACCUGGACUCCAACGCCCCAACCUACCAGGUGCCAAUUUACUGAAACGGUGCCUAGCAAAAGUCCACAUGCGAUGUCAUUGGUGUGUCAGAGUCAGUGUGGAUGGCCGGCACUGGUCUUCAAACUGAAGUGGUGUGACAAUGUUCAUAGGUAGUACCGUUCUGUGAACUUCUGUACAAGAAUAUGUUGAUUGUGAUUUCACUUUCGUUCGGAAUAUUACGUGUUAAUUUAUCAGCUGGAAUGAAACCGUUAGAGGGUUAUCAGUGUUGUUUAAAAAUGAAAAAGGUUAUGUUGCAUGUGUUAUAUUUAGAGAGCUAUGAAGUGCCAUGCAUCACAAACAAUACCUUAUAUAUUCAGUUUCCAUAAUGCUGUUGGGUACUGUAUAUAAAGUGCAAUAUCUGAAACACGGAAUCACCAAAACGUUUAUGACACAUUUAAAUGUUCUCCAACUAAAAGCUUACGAGAGGUGGUCUUCCUAAAAGAAGGUAAAGUUUUGCUGUAGAUAAGGGUGUCUUAUAUAUCAAAAGUGUGUAGAAAAGGUGUUGAUUCAGUGUUUGAUUUAGUGAAGCCACUAAACGUGUUAAGACAUAAAGCCAGAUUUUAUUUUAGAAGGAUUUUUUGUAGCUUACAAUGCGUGAAUACUUCUGACUGUAUCAAAAUAUAGAGAUUAAAUGAAUCCCACUAAAAAGAUUUCAAACCAAUAAUGUUUUUUUAUUUAUUUUUCAGAGCCACAAUCAGUUGGCAUUUUAAAACUGAGGAAUACAAACAUAUAAACUGGCAUUUAAAAUAAAUGCUUUAUGAAUGCAUUUACAAACUCGGACAAUGACACCACUUGGUAUGUUUUCAACAUUAGAAAUGGCUAGUAAGUAAGUAAAAUGGGUCAUUUUUAAAAGAAAUUAAUGCUUUUAUUCAGCAAGGAGACAUUAAAUUGAUCAAAAGUGACGGUAAUGACAUUUGUAAUGUUACAAAAGAUUUCUAUUUCAAAUCAGUGCUGUUCUUUUGAACUUUCUAUCCAUCAGAGAAUCCUGAAAAAAAGAAAUUAAGCAGCACAACUGUUUUCAACAUUGAUAAUAAUAAGGAAUGUUUCUUAAGCACCAAAUCAGCAUAUUAGAAUGAUUUCUGAAGGAUCAUGUGACACUGAAGACUGGAGGAAUGAUGCUGAUAAUUCAGCUUUGUCAUAACAGGAAUAAAUGACAUUUUAAAAUAGGAAACAGUUAUUUUAAAUUGUAAUAAUAUUUAACAAUAUUACAGUUUUUAGUGCAUUUUUGAUCAAAUAAAUGCAGCCUUGGUGAGCAGAAGAGACUUAAAAAAAAUCUUACCAACCAACCUCAAGCUUUUGAAUGGCAGUGCAUAUGCCAGUGGUUUGCAAAGUAAUUUGUUUGGGAAACCCUUCAGAUAUUUAUCAGUUGGCUGUUGUUUAAAAAAAAAAGCUGUUUGGUGACCAUCAUCAGUGCUUUGUCUGAUAUGUGGUAGAUUUUGGUAAUGUUUCUGUGUUCAGAGAUAGGGCAACAUACACAAAUGAUAGUGAUUGUACUUCAAUACAUGUAAAUGGAGUAUGUUUGUGAAAGUGGUCAGGGUCUUGUGUUUCCUGUACUUAACUCUGCACUCCUGUUAAAAUGCUUCAUGGAUCAAUAUUAUGGGACAGUUUCGAAGUGAUUCACUGAGGUAUGUUUUGCUGGAUCAAAAUUUGCACCUCUAAAAAAGUAUUAUAGAUGAUGAAGAGAUGUGAAAAUAUUAGCCUUAUUUAGUUUUUGUAUUUGUACCCCAUUGAAAGACAAAGUGCAAAAUUUGCAUCAGUAAAAAUGCCUUGACCUUGUCCAUGACUCUUUUUAAAUACAUAUUACAGUAUUUGCAGGCAAUAUAUCCCAUCUUGUGAUUGAAAGAUAUACACAAAAGAUUUGUCGUUGUCAGUCGGAAUGUUGUCAGAUUGCAGUUGUCAGACAUUAUGAAAAUAAAGACAUGUUUUUCAUGAGUGGAUCACAUGUAACGUGCUCUUUUAAUGACUUGCACACCAUUAUGAGAUCAUUCCGUUCUGAAAGCCAGACUUUGUAAUAUUUUGAACUUUCUACAUUAGAAAUAGUUCACACAAAAACAUUUGCUGAAAAUUUACUUAACUUCCAACCAACCACGAUAGAGUUUGUUUCUUCAUCAGAACAGAUUUGGAGAAAUUUAGCAUUACAUCACUUGCUCACAAAUGGAUCCUUUGCAGUGAAUGGGUGCCGUCAGAAUGAGAGUCCACAAACCACAAGUAAUUUACACUACUCCACUCAUAAAUGAAUGACUUUACAUAAAUUAAAGCUACAUGUUUAAAGAUGUUUUUAACUUCAAACUGCUUUCAUCUAAAAUACAAGUCCAUAUCCAUUAUACUGUAUUUCUUGAAAAAGUCUUCUCAAUCUGAAUCAGGAGAGAAAUAUGCAUAGGAAAUGAAAUAUCCAAACCAGUUCUAAACAAACAUGUUGGUGAUUGAUAUGAGAGGACGAAGACAGACUUUUUCACAGGAAGAAGUGUUAUUAUGGAUUAUGUACACAUUAUUUUGGCCAGAAACAAUGGUUUAAAAGUUAAAACACCUUAAUGAUGGAUCUGCUUAUUAAAAACACAGCUUUUCACUUUACAAGAUGUUAAUUGAUGGACUGGAGUCGUGUGAAUUUCUUAUGGAUUAUUGUGAUGUUUUUAUCAGCUGUUUGAACUUUCAUUCUGACGGCACCCAUUCACUGCAGAGGAUCCAUUGGUGAGCAAGUGAUGUAAUGCUAAAUUUCUCCAAAUCUGUUCCAAUGAAGAAACAAAACACAUCUUGGUCGGCCUAGGGAAAAGCAAAUUUUCUGCAUAUUUUUAUUUUUGGGAGACCUAUUCCUUUAAUUGCUUCAAAUCGUUCAUUGUACAGAUAUAUCCCAAUGUUUAAGAAGUUUUAAAAAGAAAACCUGAGCUUGUGAAAAACAAGUGAAAAGUAAUAUAGCUUAAGACCCAGUCUAACAAUCAAAAUCAAAACAUAUGUCAAAUGUGACCCUGGACCACAAAACCAGUCAUAAGUGUCAAUUUUAUGAAAUUGAGAUUUAUACAUCAUCUGAAAGCUGAAUAAAUAAGCUUUCCAUUGAUGUACGGUUUGUUAGGAUCGGACAAUAUUUGGCUGAGAUACAACUAUUUAAAAAUCUGGAAUCUGAGGGUGCAAAAAAAUAUUGAGGAAAUCGCCUUUAAAGUUGUCCAAAUGAAGUUCUUAGCAAUGCAUAUUACUAAUCAAAAAUGAAGUUUUGACAUUUACGGUAAGAAAUUUACAAAAUAUCUUCAUGGAACACGAUCUUUACUUAAUAUCCUAAUGAUUUUUGGCAUAAAAGAAAAAUCUAUAAUUUUGACCCAUACAAUGUAUUUUUGGCUAUUGCUACAAAUAUACCCCAGCGACUUAAGACUGGUUUUGUGCUCCAGGGUCACAAAAUAAGCUCACUCAAAAAUGACCCUCACCCUCAUGUUGUUCAAACCUGUAUGAACUUCUUUCUCCUGUGGAACAAAAGGAGAUGUUUGGCAGAAAGUCUUUCUUUCACUUCUUCUGAAUGGAAAAAUGAAAGUGAAUGUUCAAUAACGUCCUCAGUGCCUAACAGCCUAAUAUCUCCU